CUUAGUUUUGAGGUGAGUCAUGCCAGAGGUCAGAGUAAGCUUCAGUCCACCACCUUUACUUACCCUUUCAUGAGUCCCAACUAUUCCUUAUUCCAGAAGGCCCAACUUCAGGAGCCGAAGCUUCAUGCACUACUACCAUGUUGAGCAUACAUGCUCACUCCAUAGUAGGAUUUUUAAACCCCCCAGGAGUAACCCCUGAUCACUCCCAGUUGUGGUCCAAAAGAAGCCCAUCUCCCUCCCUGAUUUAGCCCUGCCCCAUCGAGGCACUUUACACCUUGUCUUUCCUGUAAUUGAAAGGUCUCAGUAACAGAAUUUGAAUUUCAGCUUCCCCUCCCAAAAGAUGCAGGAUUUUUGACUAGCGACUUAACCACUCUAGCCUUUACUGUCCCCCCUGCCAAGGAAUUGGGGAGUGUGUGUCAGUAGCGUCACUGUGCCUCACCUCCCCCAGCACCCAGCUGUAAAUUGUAGGUAGCUACUGGCCCAAGGAUCGCAGCGCUGCCAGGCUGGCAGUUGAGUCGGGAGGAACUGUGCAGGACAUUGGACUCCUUCCAGCUUUCUGCUAGCCCGGACUUGCUCCCUUGCGCGUGGGGCGGGAUCAUCGGGUGAAUGACAGGGGCCCGCCCCGGGCGUGACGUCUUCCUGGUGGUGGUGCUGUGGCCACACGUGGUCGACUGAGUCCGCCUUAGACUCCGCGCGCUCUGCUCGGCGCAUUCAGCACCAGCCGCUGGUCUUCUUGGUCGUCGCCUUCGCUAUGUCCACGUCUACGAGCUGCCCGAUUCCCGGGGGCAGGGACCGGCUGCCCGACUGCUACAGCACCACGCCAGGGGGCACGCUUUAUGCGACGACCCCGGGAGGCACCAGGAUCAUCUACGACCGAAAGUUCCUGCUAGAGUGCAAGAACUCACCCAUUGCCCGGACACCCCCUUGCUGUCUCCCUCAGAUUCCAGGAGUCACAACUCCAACAGUUCCACCCUCCAAGCUAGAGGAACUGAAGGAGCAGAAGGAGACAGAGGAAGAGAUACCCGAUGACGCACAGUUUGAAAUGGACAUCUAACCCGGUGCAGAUUGACCCUAUGUGGGAGUGAAAUAGGGAUCCCUCCUGCAGUUGCUGCCACCACCUCUUCUGAGGUAUCCAAAGGCCUCCUGGCCUCAUCUUAUCUGGGAGUGACUUGUUGGUUCUGAGCCUCCCUUCUGAGGCAGCUUGGCCAGAGAUAAGAGUGGGCAAUGUGCCAUGCCCUUCACUCAACUAUCUCUGACCUGUAGGCACUCCUGAUCCACAGCCCUCCGUGCUCAUGGACUAAAGCUGGGACUGGAACUGGGACAGAAUAUGUCACCUUCUGACUGCUUAGUAAACUUUAAAAGAAA